AUGUCAUACAGCACUGAGACAGCUUACAUCACGGGUACGCGUCCGCUAACAACUGGAACGCGCGAAGAGAGAUCAUCUCAGCCGCUAAUAUCUUAUCCUCAGGCGGUGCUAGUGGAAUCGCCAGGUUUCUUGCUGCGACACUCGUCGACAAGGGUUGAUUCCUGCAGCAUGAAAGUCGUCAUAGCUGAUCGAAACCUCAAAGGCGCCGAGGGAGCCUGCCAAGAGUUCAACACAAAAGGUCAAGUAGCGUGGGCAGUUGAGGCCGAUGUUGGUGACUGGGAGUCUCAGAAGCAAGCCUUUGAGAUCGCCGUGGAGAGGCUUGGCAGGGUGGAUUACGUCUUCCCCAUUGCGGGCAUAACUGAAAGACCCUGGAACCCCAGGCAACCCGGUGGGUCUGGCUUUGUUAAGCCGAAUUUGGCUAUCCUGGAUGUUAAUGCUACUGGGGCGCUGUAUACAUGCUCUCUUGCGAUUCAACAGUUCAGAACCCAAGUGUCUGGCAAGUAUGGUUUCCGUGGAAAGAGUAAGCUUUAUCUAUCCCGGGACCCGGAAUUGGAAUCUCACAUCAAUGUGCAGUUGUUGUUGUAUCCUCAGCUUGUGGUUUCUACUGCAUUCCCAGUCUGCCAAUUUAUACCGCGGCGAAGCAGUAAGGCCACUGAAAUUGACCCGCAAGGGGAAAAAAAUAUUAACACUAGCAGUGCAGUAGUUGGAUUCGUACGGACACAUGGAAAGCUCUUACCAGAGGAAGCUAUUACGCUCAAUGCAAUUUGUCCUACAAUCGUUAAAACCGGUAUCUCAACUGGUGACUUCUACGACAAGGCCGACGCAAAGGGCCUUUUGAUCACCAUUGAGAGUCUAGUGAAAACGUUCGAGAGCUUGCUAGGGGACUGCAAAACAUCCGGUGAAGCUAUUGAGAUUUUACCUGGCGAUGAUGGGUUCAAGAUCAAGGAACGGCCGGAGUAUAGUAACGAGAAGUGCAAAGUGAGUUGCGAGAUGGUCGAGGAAAGGACAUAUAAUGCAUUUAAGGCUCUAGAGCUCAAGACAAACGAGCCAAGGUCCUAG